UCACACACAUAUUUAUAUCCUAUCCCCCUUCAUCUCUCUCUCUCUCUCUCUCCUUCGGCUAAGGUAAGGUCAACAAGAAGAAUAACGGGAAGAAGGCACCGACCCUCAUUGUAGUGAGAGCCUAUCUAUCUUUUGGUACUUCUUUCUGGGUUCUCACUCUCAGAGAUCUUGCAGAUGAAACAAUCUCCUACCAAGAAGUGAUAAUUCACAUUUUUAUUCACAAGGAUCCCUUCCUUAAGCAGUAGCAGAAGGUACUUCAGAUUUGACAUCUGAGUUAGCGGUGAGGAGUGAGGGGGUGAUACGAGAGAUGGACUUUGCGGCGCUGGGAAGAGAUGGGCUCCAACAGUACGAUGAAGAAGAGGAGGAGACGAUUGGAGAUGUAGCAAAGAACCCAAUGUUCUCGUCUUGCUCCUCUUCUUCUUCUUCGCCAUCGCCAUCAUCUAAUUAUUCUCAGUAUCACAAGGGCCUCAUCCCACAGCAAAACGUUCGUUGGGGAUCGCAGGCGUUCGACUCGCAACUGAAGCAGCAGCAGCAGCAGCAGCAACAUCUGCAACAUCAACAGCAACAGCAACGGAUGUGGUUGGGGGGGACGUUUGAGUCAGUGGAAGAGGGCUUGAGGUCGAACGAGGCAGAGGCAGAGCCAGCUCAUCAUCAGCAGGAACAGGAGCCCAGUUUCAGCCAAAGACUUGACCUCAUGGACUUAUCUUCUCAUCAGACUCAGAGCAGCAACUCAGAUGCCGAUGCCGGCGAUGCUGCUGCUUCUGCUGGUUGUGGUGGUGAUGGUAGUGGACCCAGUGGACCCGGAGGCGGCGGCAGAUGCUUCAUCGAGAAAGAACACAUGUUCGAUAAAGUGGUCACGCCCAGCGACGUCGGCAAGCUCAAUCGCCUGGUUAUACCAAAGCAGCACGCCGAGAAGUACUUUCCACUGGAUUCCACCAUCAACGAGAAGGGACUCCUCUUAAGCUUCGAAGAUCGUAACGGCAAGCCCUGGCGCUUCCGAUACUCUUACUGGAACAGCAGCCAGAGUUAUGUGAUGACCAAAGGCUGGAGCCGCUUCGUCAAGGAGAAGAAGCUCGAUGCCGGAGACAUCGUGUCUUUCGAGCGUGGUGUGGGAGAGUUGGGAAAGGACCAUCUCUACAUUGACUGGCGGCAUCGCCCUGACGCCCACAACUCUUCAUCCGCACUGCAGCCUCUAGGAGGUCUACCACUUCGCCACCCACUCUCCCUGGCACCUCCGCCGCCUGUCCCACUCCCAUGGAGUCGAAUGUUCAUGCCCAACCCAACUCCAACCCUCCCGAACCACAUGCAUUUCCACCACCAUCUCAAUUAUGACCGUACUACUCACGAUCUUCAUCAUCAUCAUCAUCUGCUUCAGGCCCAUCAUAACCCAUCCAAUUACAGUAGUUACAGGUACAGUUACGGUGGUAGUGGUGAUGGUGAUGGUGGUGGUGGUGGUGGUAGGAGCUUCGGGGGUUACAACUACAACGUGGUAAACCCAGGUUCAGGUUCAGUUUUUUACCUUAGAUCAUCACCAUCAGCAGCAGCCUCACAACACUUAGGGGUUGGGGUUGGGGUUGGGGUUGGAGUUGGAGUUGGAGUUGUGCAAGAGGGUGGGGAUCAUAGGGAUGUUCCGAUCGAUUCGGUGCCAGUGGUCCAUGGCAGGGCUGCAGCUAAGCGUGUUAGGCUGUUUGGAGUGAACCUGGAAUGUCCUACGCCGGAAGACGACCCAGAUUCCGAGUGUGACAUGUUGUCCUCCACCCCGCUCCCCAAUACAACAAUAAUGCCUUCUUCUCUCUCCCCCCAUCAGCUUCCUCUCGAAUUGAGGGUCUACAGUGGCGCACCUCUUCCCCCCACACCUCCUGAGCUUCCAAGGAAUGCUAGGCAGUCCUUAUCAUUCAAUUUGGAUAUUUGAGAAACAGAAACAGAAAGAGAGAGAGAGAGAGAGAGAGAGAGAGAGAGAGAGAGAGAGAGAGAGAGAGUGAGUGAGUUAGUUAUGUUUGUGUGUGUGAAAACAAUUUGGAGGAUUUUGAAGGAGGACAUGAAAAUUUGCAGCAGAACAUAAGAGGACUAAGAUACAGCUUUCUCCCAUUCCAAACUCUGGUGGACACUGAAUACAAACAAAGGUUUGGAUGAAAUGUAGCAACGAUAUUGGCUAUAUAAUUAAUCUGUUUGGAAACGGAAUUUUGAGAAAGUGGAGUUUGUGAGGAAAUAGCUGGAUCGAGCAAUGUGAGGCGCCACCUUAUCCAACUACUGUCAUCUUUUAAUUGUGUAUAAUACAUUUAUAGAUAGAAUAUUAUCAACAUAGAUGAUUAUGAUUGAUGAUGAUGCCCUUCAUUUGUAGAGCUUGGAUUUUACCAAAAAAUGGAUCCAUGCCAUGGACUCCACUAUAGUGUGGGAAACUUUCAUCUUCUUA